AGUUCUUCCCAUGUUGUUAACAUGGUCAACAAAAGAUGAACUGUUAACAUAAUUUGCAAAUGUUAAUAAUGUACAUAAUAGCACUGCGCCUACUGAAUUGAAUAUUCUUAUAUACAAAUAUCAUAUAUUUUGCAUUAUUUUAUUACAUGGAAACUGUAUUAUGAAGACGUUAAAUGUCUCAUACUGUAUACAGAGUUCAAGUUGCUGGAAUUGAAGGAUUUUUAAUGAAGACAGGAUGGAAGAGUUUCACAGGAUCAAAUACUAGCCAUUUCCUUUAGAUUGGUUCAACUGUUAAAAAAUGCUAAAUUUAAAUGAAGGUAGAGGCACUUGAAAUUAAAUUGUUGCUCUAAUUUUAUUGCUGUUUCAAUCUCUUUACACUUUCAAAUAUUAUAUAAUCCUGUCUUACUAGUUAGUUUAGUUUCUGUGCCUCAUUCUAGAAGAGCUUGAUUACAGUUAAUUAGUGAUCUUUUCCCACUUGUAGGCAUGAGAGCUUACUCAUGAAACUUUCUACACAGUAAUGGUAUUUUGUGGUUCUUCUCAAUGUUUUUGCUUGUUUGGUGGUUUGCUUUACAUUAAGUGUUGACUUCUAAAGCCUUUACCUUUAGAAGUCCUUCCCUAGCAAUUGGAAAGUUAUCUCCUUCCACUUACAUAUGAUUUUCCUGCUUCCCCUCCUUCCCCAAUUACAGGAAUAAGAGGGUAGUAUAUUACUGUAGACUACCAUCAUAGAUUCCUCUGGUUUCACAUCCUACUUUCUUAGUAUGGUACUGAGGGAGAUGUCAUGUUUUGUAGUAGAGGAAACAGCUUUGUCUCGCAACAGCUUCUUGAAGUAACGGUAUGCCAAAAGCAUGUCACUCUGUGUAGACUGUUUCAUUAGAUUUUCAUUCCUUACCCACUUUUUCCAAAUUUUUUUAGGAAAAAAAUUGUCACCACAUGUUUAGUGUUUUCUCUAGCCUAAUUGAAACAGUUACUAUGUUGACAUAUUUUUCACAUUUUGCACAGUUGAAAACUCUGCUGCUUCUCUGUUACAUUUAAAUAUUUUCAUUUUCAUCUGUGGCAAAUGAGGACCGGUUUUAUCUGACAGUUCUAUAUCAGUUGUCUUGUGGUAGCUAUUGUGAUUAAUUUCAAUAUGUUAAAUAUUUUAUGGAAUUUUUUUCCAGACCUGUUAGUUUGAAACUAAGAUAAUGUUCAGGUUCUUGUAAUAUUAAGCAGCUGGAAAUUGUAUCACUUGUUAUUCAUGUUUUCCUUUCUGUACAUCUGUAAGCUCUGGUGGGUCACAAAUGUCAUGUCCUUAGGUACAUAUUUUCUUCUUAAUUUCUGCUAAGGUAUUAUUUGCUAUUUAUACCUUUUCUCAUCUGAGACAAGCAAUAUAUUUUGUUCCACACAAUAAGCUCAAAGAUAAAAUACACCACACUCAUAAGUGGUGAUCACCAUUUAUGAGACUUUAUAAAGAAAAUAAUUUUUUCCAUCACUGUGAUUAUCAUAGUAAUUUUUUAUUGUUAGAUAUGUAACAAUGAGAUAGAGAAGACUUUCUUUUGACUAACAAAUUAGUUUUUAAAACCUCUGCUAUAUACUGAGCCUUUAAGAGUGCUCUGAAUGAGGAAGAGGAAAGAUUUGUGCAUGUUAGGGAGUAAGACACUUUCAGGAAUAAGGAACUGCUAAAAACAUUUUGAAAAAUGGAAGCAAUCUUGUGUUUAUUCUUGUUUCUUGAAUGCAAUGAUGAUAAAAGAAGCAGGGAGAAUAGUGGAGGAAUAUUUACUUUGAUGAAAGUAUUCCUGGGAAAUGUUGCUCGUUACUUACCAGAGAUUGCCAGUAACCAUGGAAUUACUGGGAGAUAAUUAUACAGGGGUGCUUAUAAGCAUCAGAUGAAAUUUGUAAUGGUGGUUGGGAUGCAGUGCUUUUUACUUUGAUUGAAAUCUAGCAAACCUCUUCCGAUAAAUGUGUAUGUUAACUGUAAGAGAUUGUCCUACUGCAGCUGAAAAAUUUGUGAAGAUGUUCAGCAUUGUAGUCUUUUAUUUGAUAAACAUAUAUAAGAGCUAUGAAGCCACUCCCAUUCCCAGAAGCUCAAGUGCUACCAAAGAAUUAAGAGAAGGGUCCUGAUCUCUACAUCAACUUAUGUUCUUUGUAAUACAACACACUGUAUAUAAAGAGAGCAUUAUGUAACUGAUCUUGCAUUUUUCAGCAGACACCAUGAAUAGUAAUGUGAAUUAACAGCAUAUGAUUGAAAUGGUGUGUUUUUGACAGAAUGCUUUUUGUAAACAUGCGUUUCUUUAAUAUCUUGCCUUCAGUUGGCUAGUAUGUUUUAGUAGAAGAACUUCAGGAAAAUAUGAACAUUGCCAUCAUUAAUUUUUAGAAGUUACUCGUGUGGUUCUUUAGUAACAAAAAUUCACCUCUAAAUGCAAAAACACAUAAUGACUUUCUUGUGUUUGGUUGAUAAUGAGGCCAACUUAAGUUCUGGCAUGGGAAAGGGGCAUUUAAAGGAAAAAUGACACACUCAUGUUUGUGUAUUUUGUGAUUAAGGAAACUAGUGUGUUUGCCUAAAAGGGUGGGGUUUCUCCAAAUAGCAAGGGUUCUUGUCACAGGGAGCACGGUAAAGUUGACGGUUGAAUGUCCAUUCUGCCUGACAAUAAACGAGUGGUUUAUGAGUCAGUGACUUGGGGUAGGAAGAAAUGGUUUCUGUGUGCUUUUUCAGUAAUGAAUACAUGUUAAAUAAUUUAUGGCAUUAUCACACUUGGACUUUUUGGUAGGGCCUCCUGCAGUAUUACAAGAGGUAAUGGUUUUACUGAGGAGGAUUGGUAUAGAUUAGAUAUGUUUUUACAGUGAGGGUGGUGAGACGCUGGGACAGGUUGCCCAGAGAAGUGGUGGACGCCCCAUGGCUGGAAACAUCUGAUGGCAAGUUGGACAGGGCUCUGAACAACCUGAUGCAGUUGAAGAUGUCCCUGCUCAUUCCAGAGGGUCUGACCUGGUGACUUUUAAAAGGUCCCUUCCAACUCAGACUAAUCUAUUAAUUUAAUAACUAAACAGUUCACCGUAUAAUAAGAUCCUAUUGAGGAUUCAGCAAUUUACUUUCAUAAAGAACAAUGGAAGGUGUCAGAAGUAUCUGCAUGUAUAAGAAAUUACAGUUGACUUGAUAUUAAGUCAUAAAACAGGUACUUGUUUUCAAGAAAUACAAUGGACAUGCAAAAAGUUUCUAACAGCUCUUGCAAUGAUGGAGUUCUUCUUAGAAUGGGCCUUAAUGAUAACAAAGCUGGAAUGCAGGGUUUGGAUAAGGAGAAAAUCAAUAAAAUCAUCAUGGAAGCUACCAAGGGGUCUAAAUUUUAUGAAAAUGAACUUAAGAAAGAUCAGCAAGUUAACCAACGAAUUGAAAAAAUGAUGCAGCUAAAAGAGAAAAUUACAGCACAACAGCUCUUGAAAGCACAGAUGCAGGUGGACAAACUUGUGAUAGAACUGGAACAGAACCGUAACCUUAGCAGUACAAUUGUACACAUUGACAUGGAUGCCUUCUAUGCAGCUGUGGAAAUGAGAGACAAUCCAGAGCUGAAGGAAAAACCUAUAGCAGUGGGAUCAAUGAGUAUGUUGUCCACCUCAAAUUACCAUGCUAGGAGAUUCGGGGUGCGUGCAGCCAUGCCUGGAUUUAUUGCUAAAAGGCUGUGUCCACAUCUAACUAUAGUACCACUAAACUUUGAAAAAUACGGCAAAGUGAGUAGAGAGGUUAGAGAAAUACUGGCUGAAUAUGAUCCCAAUUUUAUGCCUAUGGGCCUAGAUGAAGCCUACCUGAAUAUAACAGAGCACUUGGAGGAAAGGCUGAACUGGCCUGAAGAUAGAAGAAGGUUCUUUUUUAAUACAGAAAGCACUACAGGAAUAGAUAAAGAUUGUAUGAAUGUGUCUGCCAAAUUUAAUGAAGGUGAAGUCUCUUCUUCACCAGUACUGUUUGAAGACAACUCAUCUCUGAUGGAUGGCAAACAUGAACAAAGAAGUCUGUCAGUGGAAAACUCAGUUGUCUUUGGAACUUCUGCAGAGGAAGUUGUGAAGGAAAUUCGCUUUAGGAUUGAGCAGAAAACUCAACUGACUGCUAGUGCAGGAAUAGCACCAAAUACAAUGUUAGCAAAAAUGUGCAGUGAUCGUAAUAAGCCUAACGGCCAAUACAGAAUUUCUCCUGAGAGACUAGCAGUGCUAGACUUCUUAAAAGACUUGCCUAUUAGAAAGGUGCCAGGUAUUGGAAAAGUAACAGAGAAGAUGUUAAAAGCCCUUGGAAUUGUGACUUGCUCAGAACUGUACCAGCAGAGGGCGCUGCUUUCUCUUCUUUUUUCAGAAAUAUCUUGGCGUAAUUUCUUGGAUAUUUCCCUUGGUUUGGGCUCAACACAUUUGGAAAAGGAUGGAGAAAGAAAAAGUAUGAGCACUGAAAGAACAUUCAGUGAAAUAAACACAGCAGAAGACCAGUACAGUUUGUGUCGAGAGCUCUGCAGAGACCUUGCUCAAGACUUGCAGAAAGAGGGACUUAAGGGUAAAACAGUUACAUUGAAGCUUAAGAAUGUGAACUUCGAGGUUAAAACAAGAGCUUCAACUGUGCUGUCUUCUGUUUCUACUGAGGAGGAAAUAUUUACUGUUGCUAAAGAUUUGUUAGGAACAGAAAUUGAUAGUGUUGCUCCUCAUCCACUACGGAUAAGACUUAUGGGUGUACGAGUAUCAGGAUUUCUAACAGAAGAAGAAAAGAAAUACCAACAAAAAAGCAUUACAAGUUUCUUAAAAUCAGGAAAAGAAAUUGGUUUCUUUAGGCUUCAGCCAGAGAAGUCCAACCAAGAGUAUUUCACAAAAAAUUCAGAAGCACCUCAUAGAAGGAGUUUUUUCGAUCAAAAGCGAGCAGCAAGACAACUAAACAGUAAGGAGCUCUUUCAUGAUGACAAGUCAUCAGCAAAUUUUGUGGAAGAAACAAAGAAAGUCACAGAUUUACUGAAUUCUAAUAUUUGUAAGAUCUUCACAUGUCCUGUGUGCUUUGAGAAGCAAAGCAGCAAUAAUUUGGAAGAACUUAAUAGACACAUUGAUGAGUGCCUCAGUGGGAUGUGUGUUAAAGAUACUAUGGAAAUAUCCAAGAAUGAUAGUUCAAGAGAAAAUACAUCUAACUUUCUUCCACAAUUUAAAAAUGAGUGGGUUGAUAAAUGUCAAAAAAAUGAAACAGAUCAAUUAUCAGGAACAGACCAGUCUGCAAGUGUAUCUGACAGCUCUACUGACAAUAGCACAGAAAAAUUCGGUCAGAUAAUACCUGAUAAAUCACCCAGAGAACGACAGCCUAGCAAUCUCAGUGACAUUGCUAGAAAUGUGUGUAUGAAACAGUGUCUCUUCCCCAAACUAAUAUCACAAGACAGUGAAGACCGUUUUGACAAGACUGAAGAUACAGAAGGAAGUAGUUCAUACUGUUUCUUUGAAACCAAAGAAGACAGUGUUCUUGUUUGUCCAGUUUGUAAUUUAGAACAGAAAACUACUGAUCUUAUGUCAUUUAACAGACAUGUUGAUGUCUGCUUAAAUAAAGGCCUUAUCCAGGAGCUGACAGAAAAAGAGGAUUUUCCUACUAAGACUUAUAAUAUGAAAAACUCAAACAGAGUUUUCUCUGGAGGUUUAAGCAAAGGACAGCCAUGCACAAAUCCAUCACAAGGAACAAAAAGGUCUGGACUAGCAGCUUCACAAUCAGUAUCAAAAAAACCCAAGUCAAGCAAUUCCAAACAUACAAUCAAAAUGUUUUUUAAAUGACUGUGUAAACAACGUGUUCUAUAUGAAGCAUUUCAUAGAGUUUUAUGACUGCAAGUUAAUUUAGCAUUCGCAGUAGGCUGGAUUCAGGUGCCGGUCAUUUUGGAACCAUUCCAUAUCUGUGUAAUAAGAACAUGAUGUCAGAGAUGGGAGAAGAGGUAAAAGGAAGGGUUUUUUCUUUUCUUUUCUUUGAAGAAUAGUACUUUUUUCCCAAUUGUUUUCAAGAAUCAGAAUUUGCUAGCACUUUGGUUUAGCUCCCUAGAACACACGUUAAUUAUUAGCUAGGAUGUUGCACUGUACUUGCUGAAGGCCAUCUUCCCACACCUGAACUUCUGUCUUCCCUAUUGUAAAAAUAUAAUUGUGAGAUUAAUUGUGUGAUAACAAAGAGUUGAGUUGCUCAAUUUCAGCUGAUGCCUGUCUUUGUAGUGGACACAAAACUGUCUUUGUAGUGGACACAAAAAUGUGUUAGCGCAAUUACACAGGAUAAGAACAAGAACUUACAGCACUAUCAAGCUCUUAUUGUUACUGAAAAUUACUAAAGUAAGAAUUGAUUGACCAGAUCUGAAGGACUCAUUGUGGUGAGAUGUGGGAGGCCAUGGGUUGGGCCUUGAAGUGGGAAUGCCCUGGGAAGAAACCCCUUUCUAGUUCAGGGUGAGAAACUGAAACACUUUCCCAAGGUUCUCCAUUCCUUUCUGUAAAUCUAGCCUCAUCACUCAAAUAAUACUCCCUCGUCUGUUCUAGAAGACUCUGUACCUCCUGUUCGCCCAUUGGUCUCUGUUCAGCACCACUCCCCUCUCCGCUCUCCAUUGGCUAUAGUUGUGUUGCUCCUUCCCAACUCCUCCCUUCUCCCCUAUCCCCAUUGCUUUAUUUGUGUCCAACCCCCUCCCACUCAUCCCUGGUUAUAUGCCUCAUCCCCUCCCUUUCUCACGGCUCUCAGUGCCUUGUGAUGGAUGUGUUUGUGGGUCUGUGAGAGAGAGCAGCACCCUCUUUCCCCAGCUCCUUGAUCCCGAGACCCUUCAGCUGUGGUUAUGGAACUUCCAAUCCGUCCUACCCUCCACCUCACCUGGACUCUUACUUCCCCCGGACCCUCCACUGUUGCUGUAAUAAAACCUAGUUGGAUUCCUCGAGUCAAGAGCCCUCCUAUAUUCUCUGGUCAAAUGUGCAUUUGUUCCAUCCGAGCAUGAGGUGGACUGGGGAAGUUGGUCAUCUGGACUGGGAGAGGAUUGCUCUUGGGAAGGCAGUCACCCCGACAGCACCUGCCCAGGGGUUCCCACAGUGAGAUAUACAAUUACUUCACUGAUGUAAAAAAAAUUUUAAAAUCUGUUAAUUGAGAGGAUUCCUCCAGGAUACUCGGACAAAUGUUGUUUGAUCUUUGGCCUUUCCAGAGGGACUGAAAACUCUUUUACAGUUUGAAAUUGUUACCAGUGAGUAACACUGAAUUUACUCUAAAGAAAAGGUUUCAUGGUGCAAUAAUAAUGAAUUAUGUGCAAAUACAAGAUAAUGAAUCUUCUUAUUGUUUAGCUAUCUUUCUCUUUUAAAUUAUUUUGUAUUUCUGAAUUAAGUGUAUUCUGUGAGUGUAUAUGAGGAAAGAGGAAUGUAAGUGCAAAUAUUUAAAAUGCUCUGUUUAGAUUUUUUCUGUUCACACCAAAUUGUUUAAAGACAUUUUAUUAUAAUUAAAUAUUUAUCAGAUAAAUAAUUUAUUAUAGCAGCAUAUUUCUUAGAAGUUAUACAAACAGUGCCAUGCCUUAUAGGAAAUAUAAAUUGCUUUUUUAACUGCAAGGUCUUUUAAAGAAUGGGCUGCAAUAGAAGCAUCUAUUUUGCUGUUCAACUGUAUUGGGAUUUGUUUGCUUUUUAAACAAACAAAUGUAUACAUGGUAUGUAUUAGAUGCCCAAGCUCAGUUCAGAAUAUGCUUUCCUGUUUCCAGAAUUGCUGGAAUGAUUACACCAUCUCUACCUGCUUAUCUGUUUGUUUGUCAGAUGCCACUGUGCCCACAGCGCUGUCAUUUGAAUUCAUGUCAGUGCUCCUCAGACCAAAUCAGCAGGACUGGUUCAGACUGUAAAUUGGUUCAGUUAACUGCUUCAGACUGGGUUAGUGAGCACUAAACAUGAGCUGUUCUGUUGACAGACAUGGGAACUUCUGGUAGGAAAGACAUAGAAGCAACUGAGGGAACAUAAGUAUGCCAACUGCUGUUUAGAAAGUGAAUGCUUAUUCUUUUUAGUUUGUAUCUCUUGAUUCAAUAAAGUGCAGCAUCUAAGUAUAA